CCCUAAAAUAAACCCAUCAUCAGUGUGAUAGGAUAAUUCAGACUUUUCACCUGAAAAUGGCAGUGUCACCUCUAGCCGGUUUCAACAACCUUUCAAUUCCUUCAGGAAAGCAGCAGUCCAAAUUCGCUGGCCAAUCAGUGAGAGCAAUACCUAUACGCGUAUUGACGGUUGGAAAGAAGCGGUCACAAGGAGUGCAGCUAAUAGUUGAUGAGUAUAUGAAGAAGCUCAAACAUUAUUGUAGUGUUGAUGAUGUACGGAUUAAGUCUAAUCCCAGAAAUGCACGUGAUGUAGUGGCUCAAAUUGAACAUGAGGACAUGGCUGUUAUGGGCCACAUCAGGCCUGAUGAAUGGGUUGUAAUGUUGGAUGAGCGUGGUCAUGAUGUGGGAUCUGAGCAGAUGGCUUCUUUAAUUGGGGAUGCUGGAAACAAGGGAGCAUCAAGCUUACUCUUUUGCAUAGGUGGACCUUAUGGGCAUGGAAGACAAUUGCGGGAGAGAGCUAACAUAUCAGUCAAAUUGUCAUCUUUAGUCUUAAAUCAUGAGAUUGCCGUAGUUGUACUUAUAGAGCAACUUUAUAGAGCGUGGACCAUUCUUAAAGGACAGAAUUACCAUCACUAGGCAUUGGUGUCUUAACUAUGAUAAAGCGACAGAGCUACAGGAUUUCUAUUUCUUGGAAUUGGAUUAGAAGAAUUGAAUGACUUCCAAGUUUCAUUCAACCACCAUCAGAGGAACCAAAUUCAACUCAGGUUUGAAAUAUCUUUUGAGGAUGACCUUGGCCCUCAUUUAUAGAUAUUGGACGUGCCUAACCACCCGCCUAAAGAGGAAGAGAUGGUUGAGAAGUGAGCGGAACUUCAUCCUUAGAUCUUAGUAAGUCUAUUGGGGUUGUGACUGUCCAAAUUGUUGAUGCUUAACUUGGUUUAUGACAUGGUCUGCAAAGUCGGAUGGUACGUCUAUCGUGAUGGUGUGUCAUGUCACGCCUUACUAGUUGGGCUUAACCGGUCCGGAUCUUACGUCUCUACACUUGAUGCCUUACACUGCCUCUUUCUGA